AUGGCAGCUGAGGACAGUGUCUGGCCUGAGGUCCUCAAACCCCUAGCCAGCCACACGCCCACCGCCCAGGCGGCCCCUUCUGGGCUGGGGGCCUUCAUAGUCACUGCCUGUUUGCUCAUGGGUGGACCCCCUCACUGCCAGGGACUUAGCUGGCCGGCUGUCCCAGCAGCCCGGCUAAAGGCCCUGCCUGUGCACAUCCCGCCUGGGCCCGAGGGCAAGGCCGUGCCAAGCGGGGACUGUACUUCCCAGGACACUGCUCGAUUCUGUGAUCCGGACGAGGGGCCGCCCGGCUCCUUCACGUCUGAGAAGCAAACCGAUCCUUGGGGGCCUCCCGGCCCCAAGAUCCCAGGGCUGGUUCCCGGAAGAUGCGGGCACAGGAAGGGCGGUGCUGGGCGAACUGGCACCUUUGUUUGCCCUUUGAAGGAGCUGCUGGCCUUGCCUGGCCGAGCCCUGGCCCCGGGGGCUGCAGACACAGAGUCCACCCUGCCCGGCAGCGGGGCACAGGCCUGGGGGACCACCGCUGCCCAGUGUUUGUUCCGCUCCUGCUGGCGGCCCCUCCCUAGGCAUCGAUAUUCGUGGGGUGAUUCUAGUAACACUCUCAGACGGGAAAUUGUCUCAGCCACUCCCUGGCGUGGCCCACGAUUCCCUUGGGACCCCCAGGGCCCUUGGUGGGGGGGCCGUGAGCACCGGACUCUUCAGGACGAGACCGCCAGUGAUUGGCCCGUUUCACUGGGCUCGCGCUGGCACGGGUGGUACGGGAGCCGCCUGGGGGAAGCCGGGGGCUCCUUUGCAAGGUUCCCCCGUCCCCACCACACGCUGCCGGGGGGCCCGGCGGGGAGCGUCCCUCAUCUCACUUCCUCUAGUCUUGGCCCCGAGGUGAGGACGGCCCGGCCCCAGGAAGCCCUGUCUGGCGGCCGCGGUGUGAGCACAACCGGCCCCUCGGAAGAAGCGCUGGCUGCUGUGCGGUGGGUCCCAGACCUGGACCCUGGCGACCCUUCUCCCAGGACGAACGAGGGACCCCGUGGCUUCAAGGAAAACAGCGGACAGGACCGUCGUCGUUGCCGCGGGAAAUCUGAGCUUUCAGACGAGGUGUCCUGUCCAGACGACGGUGGACCCACAGCCAGGAGACGAACCUGCUGCCACGAAGCCCGGAGUCCAGAUCUGCACAAACACCUCUCUUCUCACUGAAUUUAUGUGUUGGAAAAGAAACAAGUUUUAUUUUAUUUUAUUUUAUUUUAUUUUAUUUUAUUUUAUUUUAUUUUAUUUUAUUAUUAUUUUUUAAUGUUUAUUUAUUUUUGAGACAGAGAGACGGAGCACGAGUGGGGGAGGGAC